AUGUCAAAAGUUGCCUUUUUCGGCUUGUUUGCUUGGGGAAGCUCAAAGUGCAAACAAGACAAACUCUACGCUUUCAGCACUUGCCGCCUGCCUGGAUCAGGUGACAUCAUCAUCGAUGCUUUCUUUUCCUUAUCAACGAAGACAACCAAACGGCGAUUUCUGUGGACCUUCUUUGUUACGGCUCCAAGUCAUGACCCAAUACAUGUUCGGUGGUUCAACGCUGCUCCCUGGUGUUCGGCGAAUAGGCACGAUCGGCUUGGAUUGGAGAGACGGUGGCAUCCCCGGCUGGGAUUCUACUGCCCAACCUGCGCCCGCAACCAGCUCUACGGCCUUCGUUUCGACCAUGCGAGAGUCCUGCUGGACAAGGAUGUGGCGGGAGCGCAGAUCGAAGAGUCCAUAGCAAAGAAUACGCAGGCGAAUGCCGAUAUAUUGAGCGGCGGUGGCCCGAGGCCAUCCGGUGAUGCCAACCGAGCUGAGCCGGAGCCGUCAAGGUUGCUGAUUCAGACCAAACGCACCGCUAUUUCCCAGUCAGCUGGAAGAACGGAAGAUAUACUAUCUCAUAUCGCCGCUCUGGAGAAGGAGAUCGAAGAUGGGAAGAAGGAGAUUGCUCGACGACGAGCUGCACUCGCCCAGCGACGGUCUGAUGCAGAAUCGGCCAACUAUGAAGUGGCCAGCAGGCGGGCCAGGACACUUGGAACUGUUCAAAAGAGUAUCAGGGCCAGGGAGAAGCAGUGGAACAGCGUCCAUGACAAGGCCGUGGAGUCGAGAGCGUUCUUAAUCCGAGAGGUUGCGAGCAUGUUCAGUCUACGUCAAAGAUCAAGGCGAAGAAAAGGCGAUCAUGCGAACCUGUUCUCCAUCGGAGGCGUCAACAUCGUUGACCUUCGUCAUAUGAAUAGCGUGAAUCCCGCGCAAAUAACUGCGUCGCUGACCCACAUCUCCCGGAUGCUUGUCCUGGUGUCGCAUUACCUUGCUCUGAGGCUGCCCGCAGAGAUCGUUAUCCCUCACCGUGGACAUCCACUACCCGCCAUUUUCACUCCAUCGUCGUCCUACAUAGCUCGCCGACAGGACUCCUCGCCCAGCUUGUCCCCCUCCCACUCCAUCACCGGCCACUCAAUUACCCCACGAAGCGCAGAGGCGAUUUUACUCCCCCGCCCCCGACCGCUUUUUAUCGACCGCUCCCUUCCAAAACUUGCCAAGGAGGAUCCCACCAGCUACGCAUUAUUUAUCGAAGGAGUAUCCCUUCUAGCAUGGGAUAUAUCCUGGCUGUGCAGGACCCAAGGCCUUCAUAUCGGCUCCGAGUCAUGGGAAGACGUAUGUGACAUUGGAAGAAACCUCUGGCAACUUCUCGUCGCCCCGGAACCAUUGCUUAAGGCACUGGUAAAGAGCGAAAAUCAGCAUAACCCCGGCCCUUCUAGCGGCCAGGAUAAAGAUAGCCCGGAAAACACUAAUGGUGAAGGGAAUACGAAUAAUCUCCGACGAUCGCGAUCACUUCCUAUCCUUGGCCACUUCUCACAUGGAUCCGCGCACACAUUUCUCGGUUCGGUAGAGGGAGUGGAAUUUAUGAAAACGUGGAAGUUGCCCUCUCCCGUGAAGAUUGCGGAUAAGCUGAAAGCUACCUUACUGGGGGAAAUGGCUAACGCAGAGUGGGAGUUGCUCGGAGAAGACGAGUGGGAAGAGGAAGGUGUGCAACAGGUGGAUGAUGAGAGCUCUGACAGAGGAGUUGUGCUUCUCAAGUGA